CGGCGGCGCACGUUCGGUUUCCAGUCUCCAGAAGCCGCGGCCGCGGUGCCGCCUCCGCCCCGGGGCUCAGGCUUCCAGCCCGGCCCGCCCGGUUUGCGGGCCAUGGAGCUCCGAGCAGUGGAUCGAGAACAGCCGGAGCGCCCCAGCCUACCCGUCUGGUGCCUGGCUGCCACCCCUUCCCAGCCUGAGCCCUGGAGACAGCAGCCCCCAGGCUGCUGAGCAGCAGCAACAGCAUGAAGGCUCCGGGUCGGCUCCUGCUUGUCAUCCUGUGCUCCUCGGGCUUCUCAGCUGCCUACAUCCUGCUGUGCUGCUGGGCCUGCCUGUCCUUCUGCCUGGCCCCCUGCCUGGACCCCUACCCGUCCACCAACUCCAGGCCCACUGUGCCAGGGCCCCUGCACUUCAGCGGAUAUAGCAGCGUGCCAGAUGGGAAGCCGCUGGUCCGAGAACCAUGCCGUAGCUGUGCCGUGGUGUCCAGCUCCGGCCAGAUGCUGGGCUCGGGCCUGGGCGCGGAGAUCGACAGUGCCGAGUGCGUGCUGCGCAUGAACCAGGCACCCACCGUGGGCUUUGAGGCGGACGUGGGCCGGCGCAGCACCCUGCGCGUGGUCUCGCACACGAGUGUGCCUCUGCUGCUGCGCAACUACUCCCACUACUUCCAGCACGCCCGUGACACGCUCUACGUGGUGUGGGGCCAGGGCAGGCACAUGGACCGGGCGCUGGGCGGCCGUACCUACCGCACACUGCUACAGCUCACAAAGAUGUACCCGGGCCUGCAGGUCUACACCUUCACGGAGCGCAUGAUGGCCUACUGCGACCAGGUCUUCCAGGACGAGACGGGCAAGAACCGGAGACAGUCCGGCUCCUUCCUCAGCACCGGCUGGUUCACCAUGAUCCUCGCCCUGGAGCUGUGCGAGGAGAUCGUGGUCUACGGAAUGGUCAGCGACAGCUACUGCAGGGAGGAGAGCCACCCCUCGGUGCCUUACCACUACUUUGAGAAGGGCCGGCUGGACGAAUGUCAGAUGUACCUGGCCCACGAGCGGGCGCCCCGCAGCGCCCACCGCUUCAUCACUGAGAAGGCCGUGUUCUCCCGCUGGGCCAAGAAGAGGCCCAUUGUGUUUGCCCACCCAUCGUGGAGGACCCAGUAGCCCCAUCGCCUAGCCAGCCACAAGGCCCUCACCGGGCCUCUGUUCCACACUCCACCGGAAACAUUUAAUUUAUGGAUCCUGUCUCCUGCCACAUGCCUAGUGGACCUAAGGUCCCUUCUGGCCCUACCCUGGGGACACUUGGAGCCAUCUUAGGCCUCCCGACUUGAGGGGGAGAAGAGGAGGACUGUGGUGACCUUUGCAGCCCUUCCCUGCACCCCACUUUCUGAGUAAUCCAAAUCUUCGUUUUGGGGUUCACCCCCCCUCUGGGUCUGUCCAGUGGCCUUUGCCCCCGGGGCUGAUGGCCCCUCAACUCACCAGCAUUGUGAUCUUCGAUCUUUCAACAGCCCUGGUCCUUCUUCACUGUCCCCCCUCCACCUGCCUUUGGUGCCACAUUUCCCAGGCUGGAGCUUGGGGUUCGUUGGGCGAAGGGGCCUUUGAACUGUGACUGCCAGGGCCACCUCUGGAGUGUACGGGUAAACAUGUGUUUUCUGGAAGCCUG